CACACACACAGUCACAGAGAAAGAAAGAUCAGAGAUGAACUGUCUCCAGAAUCUUCCAGGGUCCUCUGUUUCGCCGCUGCGGGGUUUCGUAUGCAAUCCCAGGAAGCCGUCCUUCUCCUCCUCCUCCGCCACUACUAGUCUGGGAAUGAUGACUAGUAAUACCGAUCUACCCAGAAGCAUGGCUGUCAAGGCAGUUUCUGGUUCCACUCCCAGUGCUGAGACAAGUGGUGCUGAAGUGAAGGAGGAAAAAUCUGAGGUAUAUAGUAAUGUCAUGACAGAGGCCAUGGGUGCUGUCCUGACCUAUAGGCAUGAGCUGGGUAUGAACUACAACUUCAUACGUCCAGAUCUGAUUGUGGGGUCUUGCCUUCAGACUCCAAAAGAUGUUGACAAGCUUCGCAGCAUCGGAGUGAAGACUAUUUUCUGCGUGCAACAAAAUUCAGAUUUGGAAUAUUUUGGGGUCGAUAUUGGUGCCAUCAUAGAGUAUGCCAAAGAAUUUGAUGACAUUGAACACUUGCGUGCUGAAAUAAGGGACUUUGAUUCAUAUGAUCUACGUCUCCAGCUUCCUGCUGUUGUUAGUAAAUUAUAUAAGGCCAUAAACCGAAAUGGAGGUGUCACUUAUAUACAUUGCACUGCUGGACUUGGAAGAGCUCCUGCUACUGCGUUAGCUUACAUGUUCUGGGUACAAGGAUACAAACUUGAAGAUGCGGUCAAAUUACUUCUGAGCAAACGUUCAUGCUGCCCAAAACUGGAGGCUAUAAAAACCGCAACUGCUGAUAUUCUCACAGGCGUGACAAAAAAGCCAGUCACGUUGACAUGGGGCGGUAAUAAUUGCUCUACUGUGGAAAUCUCUGGACUUGAUAUUGGAUGGGGUCAGAGGAUACCUUUAGAGUUUGAUGACAAACAGGGUUCAUGGAUUCUUAAGAGGGAAUUGCCGGAAGGACGAUAUGAAUAUAAGUACAUUAUUGAUGGUGAAUGGACACUCAAUAAAAAUGAGCUUGUCGCCUCUGCAAACAAUGAUGGUCAUGUCAACAAUUAUGUUCAGGUUGAGGAUGAUCCUAACAGUGUUAAUGCCAUCAUAAGGAAGAGAUUGAUGGGUGAUGAUCCUGAUCUAACAACACACGAAAGACUUAAAAUCAGACAGUUUCUUGAAGCUUAUCGCAGUGAUGAAUGAAUUGUGGAAAGACAACAGAAAGAUCUCUUCAUGUAAAGUAGCAUCAGUGCAAUUUCCUAUUAUUACGUGUAUCCGUCUCUUUGCUGAAUCAAUAGACGUAAUUUUGUUUUUGGUCUGAUCGUUACAUGUAUCAUCUUUGAAAUAAUUGUCCUAUUGUCAAUAAAUCAAUAAAUAUCAAGUCCAGUUUGGAUAUUGAAAACUUUA